AUGCACGUACCAUACUCUGACAACGAUCCUAUCGUAGACGAUCUCGACGACUUUGUGCCGCCAAGUUCAGGGUCAUGGAAUUCGGUGGCGGUGCAGAACCGUACGGUGACCGAGAUUAUGCCCAUGUGUGGACUGGUAAAGGGGGGCAAACUGCUCAACAUUCGCUUGUACGCCAACAACUGCUACAACGGAACUGACGUGACGUUUGAGAAGCUCGACAAGGACUUUGAAAGUCUGGAGCCGGGUGUGAGUGCAAUUGUGCGCCUGUACUUUGUGGACGGCCCGGACCGGAACAAGACGCCCUCGUGGGCGACAACAGAGGGUGAAAAGGGCACAAACGACUGGAGCGACCCCAACAUGAUGAAAAUGGCGUCGGAGCUGUUUGAAAAGCUGACUGUGCAUUUGCGCGACGAAACCAGGUGCUGUCUGCUGCAGCUUGGCUUUGGGUUCUGGAGCGAGUUCCACUUGUCCGGGAUUACCAUGCGGCCGGGUGAGAACUUUCCCACUGCGGAGCAGAUCGACACGCUGUAUGGUAUUGUCAAGGCCCACCGCGGCCCAUUACAGAUCGCGGUGAGUGUUGGGGUCGGGGAUGACGAGCGCGAACUGAGCGACAGCUUCCGAUCGGACACGACCAUUGGCAUUUUCUACGACUCGUUCAUGAAAACCCGGGGGUCUGAGUCCGCGUACGAGCUCAAGCUGUACAAUGGGUGCCACUACGACGAGCGCGUGUAUACAAUGAAAGGUGGGGAGUUCUCCAACGGCGAGGGUACACUGGACUCGAUUAUGGACACGACGAAACAGCUGAUGAAGAAGCGCGCGAUGCACUACGUUAUGCCGAACGGGACUUCGGAUAUCAUGUCGUCCAGCAGUAGCAAGAUCCAAGAACUCUCGGCGUAUAUGGGCUACCGGCUCAAGGUCGCGUCCGUGGACACGAGUGGCGAUGGGUACACGCGGCUGUCGGUCACGAAUGUUGGGAUUGCGCCGACGCUGUACGACCUCAAUGUCGUGCACGAGAAUGUCACGUUUGAGCCGAGCCUAGCGCAACUAAAGCCGGGGGCGAGCCGGUACGUGUAUGGUAAGAUUACCGUGGGCGACAAUGCAUCGUUUGAGGCGGAGGGGCCAAGAUAUUUGGGGGGCGUCAAGCUCUUAUAA